AUGGAUCCCACAUUAGCCCUGAAUGAUGGGCUCACAGAAUGCGUCUCUAAAUCCAGUUGUGAAAACAUCAAUUUGCCGACACUAGACCUUGAGGACAAUCGGAUCGAACACAUUCCCACAUCCGCCCUGAACGAUGGGAUCACAAAAUGUGUGUCUAGUUAUACAGUGAACUGGGGUGAAAAUGACCCUUCAGACCCCCGCAAUCUCAGCAUUGUCAGGCGAUGGUUCAUUGUUGUUAUUGUGUCUAUGGGCUCGCUUUGCGUGGCUUGUACAUCUUCCAUCUAUACCACGACGUAUGGGCAAAUCUUGGAGGAAUUUGAUUGCUCGCAGGAAGUUGGGACUCUUGGAUUGUCAUUCUUUAUCUGGGGUCUUGGGCUUGGGCCAUUGGCUUUAGGGCCGUUAUCAGAGCUAUAUGGUCGCCGGAUAAUUUACCUCUGCUCCUUUGCGUUUUUCCUCAUUUGGCUCAUUCCUUGCGCUGUUGCAAAAAAUAUCGAAACCAUUAUUGUUUGCAGAUUUUUUAAUGGCUUCGCAGGAAGUGCUUUCCUGAGUGUUGCUGGAGGCACAGUAGGAGACAUUUUUGCCCGUCAUGAACUGGCUGCCCCGAUGAUGCUGUAUACUGCCAGUCCAUUUAUCGGGCCUGAGCUUGGGCCUCUGGUUGGUGGAUUCAUCAACCAGUACACCAAUUGGCGAUGGACCUUUUAUGUCCUAUUGAUUUGGACUGCUAUGGAACUCGUGAUGAUCUACUUUUUUGUCCCGGAAACUUAUCAUCCUGUACUUCUCAAACGAAAGGCAGAAGAAUUAAGAGAGAAAACCAAAAACUCCAAACAUAAGGCCCCAAUCGAAAAGGACACUCGCUCUCUAUCAUCGAUGAUACUCCGUUCAAUGUAUCGGCCUAUUCUCCUUCUGGCCCUCGAACCAAUGUGCCUGAACCUGUGCAUAUUCUCUGCAAUCCUGCUGGGAAUUCUGUAUCUGUUCUUCGGAGCUUUUCAACUGGUCUUUAAGUUAGUCUACGAAUUUGAAGUCUGGCAGCGAGGUUUAUGUUUCCUCGGGCUUUUAGUGGGAAUGGGUUUCGCCAUUUUAACGGAUCCGCUCUGGCGCUCCAAUUAUGUUCGACUGGAGAAGAAUCAUAAAGAGGCGCAUGGCGUGGAUGCCCCUUUUCAACCUGAAUGGAGACUUCCACCUGCCAUCGCUGGUGCUCCUCUCGUCACUGUUGGUCUGUUCAUGUUUGCUUGGACAAUCUACUCGAGCGUACAUUGGAUUGUGCCAAUUAUUGGCAGUGCACUUUUUGGUGCUGGAACAAUUCUUGUCUACUCCGGAAUCUUCACCUUCCUCGUCGACGCAUAUCCAACAUACUCUGCUAGUGCGCUAGCAGCGAACAGUUUUCUUCGAUCAAUGUUUGGAGGCAUAUUUCCUCUUUUUGGCAUACAAAUGUACAAUAAGCUGGGAUAUCACUGGGCAACGUCUCUUCUUGCAUUCUUGACGUUGGCCAUGUUGCCGUUUCCAUAUCUAUUCUUUAGGUACGGUUCUCGGAUUCGAGAAAAGAGCUCCUUUACUUCUUAA